AUGAAUGCUGAUUUAAUAAUUGAUUCUUUAGAGAAAAUCAAAUCAAAUGAAAUGGCCAAACCCGGCCAAUACUUAUUACUUUAUGAUAAAAUUUUGGAAGUUAUUCAGAAACAAAUAGGUAGCAAAUCUAUUCAACUAUGGGGUAUUCAAUUUAUGUAUGAAAAAUUUUUUUUAAAUAAGGAGUUAAAAGAACAACAAAAAGUAGAAUUAGCAAUUUAUUCAUUAAAUACGUUGAUAUUUUAUAUUGGGUUACCUGCUCAAGAUGUAACAGCUUUUAAAAAAUUGAUUGAAAUUUCAAGUUUAACGUAUAAAUUAAUUUUUCAGUACGUUUCGGAAAAUGAUGGGGAAACCGUUAAACCAAUAUGGAAUAAAUUGGUGGAGUUGAAGAAUUUUUUGACUAAUCAGUAUACAUCAACUUAUCCUUUGGAACCAUCUGAUAAUGCAGAACAUGAUUAUUUUAGAAAUAUUGGUACCAAACUAAAUCUUUUGAAUUUUUUAAGUAUCGUAAUAGAUUAUCAAUCAAGAAGUAGCAUAAUUGGAGAUGAAAUAGUAGGUGGCUUAGGUUAUUCUUUGAAUAAUGUUUCAGAAACCCAUUCACUUAUAAAACAUCAGAAUAUGGAAAAUGAAGCUUUGAUGUUACUUACGCAUGUUGUAUUGAAAGUUUUUGAACUUGAUAUUUUGAUAACUCCUUUAUUAACUGCUACAAUAAAUCAUUUAAUUAUACUUAUGAAAAAAAAACCACAAUUUACUUCCGUUAUUUGUAACGCAAUAAAUUCAUGUAAUACUGACCAAAAAGUCAUGUCUAAUUAUCAAACAGUUGAACAAUUCAAGUUGGCUAAAAAAUAUGUGGAUCGAACCAUUAAAGUUUUCAUUAAACAUUGUAAAGAUAAAAAACUAAUACCGAAGCAAUACGAAAUUGGAUUUAAUAAAAUUUUGAAUGUUUUAAUUGAUAGAGGAAAUGAUGUAAGAAAGAAAAAUUUGUUUAAUAUUCCUGAGCCAGAAUUGAAAAAGAGAAAAUUUGAAGGUUUUUAUAAUCCAUCAAAGCGAAUUAAAACUAUGACUUAUAAAAGUUUGUAUACAUUAAAUGAUCCAAAUGACCAGAUUAAUAAUUUUGAUGUUACUACAGUACCAAGUCAUUUAUUACAAAAUUUAGUACUAAAUGCUUUGCAAAAAGCUUCUAUCCCUAAAUUGAAUAAAGGUUUACAAAUAAUUGCGACAAGGUAUGAGAAUUGUGUAAAUAAACCUAAUAUACCUUUAUUACCAGCUAAACCUCAAAUAAAAGAUGAGAUUAAAAUUGAUAUUAAUGAAUUAGCUGAAGAAGUGGACGAGGAGAAAGAUGAUGAUGAAAAAGGUGAGUUUUACAAUCCAGAAAGUGUUUAUACUUUACCACCACCGGAAACUUUGUCUUUUCAAGAAAAGAAAGACCAUUUGUCAAUUAUUAUUAAAAACUUUAUAAAAAAAGCGAAUGAAGUUUAUGCUCCUUACAAUAAUGCAAACAGAAUUGAUGAUAAUAAUGAUGAAGAUGACGUUGACGAUGAUGAAGAUGACGAUGAUGAUGAUGAUUAUUCAGAGGUUAAUAGAAAAUUGAAAGAAGUGGCAAUCAAGUCGUGGAAGAAAGAUACCUGGUGUUUAUUAUUAGCUAGGUUAGCCACUCGAGGAUUAAAAACAGAUGGUUCAGAUUCUCCUGAUGACAAGCAUAAAAUUGAAAUGGCUCGAAUGAUAAGAGAAGCUUUAUUCAAGUAUUUUGUUGAUCACCCUUUGCAAGUCGAUCUUAUGGUUGUAUGGUUAAGUGAAGAAUGGCAUUCUGAUAUGAUUCAAAACGAGGCAAAGAAAAUUCAAAAUAAACCAAUUCAUAACCUAGGAUACCAAUCAAAUUAUUUUUAUUGGACUGAAAAAAUCAUAGAUCAAACUGUUACAUUUUUAGAUCCAGCUGAUAAGAAAUUGUUUAUACGUUUAGUAAGUGAUCUUCCAGAGCUUAACCAAACUUUUGUCAAAAAAAUUAUCAGCAUCAUUAAAUCUCCAGAAUUAUCAGCAACUGGUAUCUUAGCAGCAACAUAUUUAUUACAAUACAGACCACCAGUGAAAGAAAUGGUUUUAAAUGAAUUAAAUGAAAUAUUGGAAAACGAAAAUGAAAAAGAAGAAGAUAAAGCUACAAUAAAAAAGUUGAUAGAUAGAUAUGCAUAA